AUAGGUCGCCGACGAUCAGCUGUUCUCGCUCGAGACGACGAAGUACGAGUUGGGGUGUUCGGAAUUUAUCAAGACAGCGUUUGGAUAUUAACCCUUGUCCCAUUUUAUACCGGAAUUAGGGGAAACACCCCUUUUCCAUCCCACAUGCGGCGAUAAGGGUGUACCAUGAUCUAAAUAGCGGCACUUGUGAUAAUGACACGAGCAAUCGACUCCAAUGAUGACUGCUGCUGUAAGGAUAAGUGCGAGGAGGAGGAGGACGUGCGAGCGCCCUCUAGGGGCAACGGCCCUCCCGAUGGAGGAUGGGGAUGGAUGGUUGUCCUUGCCUCUCUGCUGUGCAACAUCAUCGUUGACGGCAUCUGCUUCACCAUCGCCACCUUCGAACAGCAGCUGAUGAGUCGGUUCGAUUGUAACCAUGCGCAGGCAGCUCUCAUACCCUCCCUGUUGGCGGGCUGCUACCUCACUGUAGGUCCGCUGGUUAGCGCCCUGGCCUCUAAAUAUGGCUGUCGGAAGGUGACGAUCAUGGGCAGCCUCAUCGCAACAUCUGCCUUCCUGCUCAGCACACAAGCAAGCAGUAUUCAGAUGAUGAUCGUAACACUCGGAAUUAUGGGAGGUAUUGGGUUUGGUAUGAUCUACCUCCCAGCGAUAGUGACCGUUGGAUUCUGGUUUGAGAAGAAGCGUGCAUUUGCUACAGGUAUAGCAGUGUGUGGAUCUGGCGUGGGAACAUCCAUCUUUGCACCGUUUGUCAACUACCUCGUUGAAGAGUACCGUUGGCAGGGUGGACUUGCCAUCUUGGCAGGACUUAUCCUAAACUGUGUCGUGUGUGGGGCACUCUUCAGGCCGCUGGACAAAACCCCUCAGAGAAUUCCCCGCCGCAUGGUUGAGAUUCAGCGAGGAUCGAUCAUGAAAGCCCUGAUCGAGGAAAAGAAACGACAGAGAACAAUCUCCAAUGGUUCCUUGGACAACUGUAUUAUUACAAAAGACAACCGCCUCAUCAAGAUCGACCCUUCGUUCUUCGAGGCUAAGCGGAACAACUCGUUUAUUGCUAGGUUUAAGGAGUCGCUAGGUUUCAGCACCAAGAGUUUGGACAAGAGUAAGCAGAGCCUGGUGAUUCCCAGUAUUAAGAUUGACCACCAUGUGUCUAAUGGCAACUGUGCUGGCUCCCAGCCUCUCAGCCCCAUCUACAGACCCAGUGCCAAAAACACGUCUCAGUCUUCCCUGUCCACCAGCAGCGACAGUGGGUGUAACAUGACACCUGAGUUCAUCCUCACCGCCAAGAGCUGUGACAUAAUCCCUGGGGCAGUGCGGUCCUCACAAGACUCAGAAUUAAAUUCGUGCACGCAGAGCAUGAAAUCUGUGAACUGUCCCGCGAUGGGAGCGAGUGUGAUAAGUAUCCAGGUCGUCCCGACCCCACCAACCACGCGGUCACGCCACCGGGCGUACAGGUCCUCUUCGUCGCGCUCCAUUGCAUACGCGAGUUCAGGGAACAUGCACCCUUCGAGUAUUGUGUCGGGUAGUGUGAUGAGCAUACCUCAGUACAGUGUGCAGACUAUCGACCAGUACGAGGAGAAGCAGUCCACCUUGAGGAAAGUCUUCUAUCUUCUCAAGGAGAUGUUUGACUUCCAUUUGCUGAAGAGCCCGAUGUUUGCUCUCCUAGUAUUUGCCAGUAUUCUCAGCAUGUUGGCUUUCUUUAUCCCGUUCUUCUUCCUGAAAGACAAGGCAGAGAUGGAGUCAAUCAGUAAAACAGAGGGUGCGCUGAUCUUGACGGUCAUUGGCAUCACCAACACCCUCGGACGCAUCAUCAGCGGCUGGAUCGCAGACCGGCCAUGGGCGGACCCUCUCCAUCUUAACAACAUAGCACUUAUCAUCGCAGGGAUCGCAACGCUGAUGGUACCGAUGUGUCACUCCUAUGUCUCGCUGGCGAUCUAUGGCACCGCCUUUGGGUUGUGUGUUGCGGUGUUUGUAUCUCUGAGGUCCAUCCUCCUUGUGGACCUCCUGGGUCUCGACCAGCUCUCCAAGUCCUUUGGGAUCCUCAUGCUUUUUCAAGGUGUGGCUUCCAUGGCUGGCCCCCCUCUUGCAGGUACUCUGCUGGAUUCGACGAAGAGUGUGAAUGUCUGUUUCUACUUGGCUGGCUCGCUUCUUGCUCUCUCUGGCCUUCUUGGAAUCCCACUACGACGCCUUAAAAACUGGGAGCUGAACAAACAGCCUGCGAGGCUGCCCGAGGAGAUGCCAAUCACCGAAACACUACGCUUGGAAGUGGAGAGUACAAUAUAAACAUAAUGCUCAAACAGCACUUCAAGGAAGCUUGUUUCGCAUGUGUGUGAUUUUCCCAUAAUGCUCUGGAAAAUAUUCCCAUGGUGCAUUGGGAAAUUACUUGUGCUUGAUGAAAGGAAAUGCUUGCCCAUUAGUCGGAGACUGAAUCGAAGAUGGGGAUUAUUUUGUUUCAUCAAGCUCUGGUUGAGUGGUCAUGUGCAGGAUGGACGGCCAUAUUGUUUUGGGAACCAAAUCGGUCAUGAAUGAAGAACCUUUUUGGUAAGGACCACUUGUGGUACUAGUCUGAGACCUCCUGUGCUCUGAGGGAGGUGUGUUAUUGCUUGGACUCCAGGAAUUGCGAUGGCAGAAUGUGUUUCUGUGAGGUAGAGACGGCUUUCACAAUUGUUUUUCAAGAACCCCUCACCAGGGAUUUUCAUUUUUCUUAUGAGACUUGUUUUCUGGAAAUAUUAUACAAAUAUUACUCUGUAUAUAGUCAAGUUUUUGGAAUACCAUCACAUGAUCUGAAGUCAUGAAGACAUUUAAUAUCCUGACCUCAUAUGAUCAUGUGACCUUUUGAGCCUCAAUUUGACAUUCUGAGCCUCAGUUUGAUGCGUGGUGGACAGAAUACCCACAUGUUGUGGUCAGUUUUAAUAUAGGCCAGUUGGGAGUAGAGACGAACUUGGACAAGACUACGGCCAUGUUGGAUAUAAGCCAUUUUGGAUAAACAAUAUGUGGAGAUGUUUUUGUGAUACAUAGUUGAAUAUUCUCACAAAAUCUUGAUACCUAUUUAUGAAAUCUGCUUGAUUUUGAAAUUGAUCAACUAUUCAUGAACUGUUGUCGUAAAUAUUAUGACACCUCAAGGUAGUGCGGUGUAUGUGGUGUCAAACCUAGCCAUCAGCAGUCCCUCUUAGAAUAAACCAACAUGUGGUGAUGGUUUGUAGUAGUGCCAGAGGAUGUGAUUGGUCACAUUUGCUGCCUGUUUUUGCAAGAGAGACACUGAUUGGCUAGAAUACACUAUGGAUCUCAAGAGAACUACUACUUACUCAGGAGUAUGCUGUAUAUAUUUACCAAGGGUUUAUUUAAAAAGAGGGAACCAAAAUGAAGGACAAGGUCUGAAGAACAUAUAUUAAUUUGUUAAUGUGUCGCAAGAUAAAACAUGGCCAUUUUUUAAAUAAUCAUUGCAUCACCAGCAAUUGAUACCAAACCAAAAUUUUUUUCGAAAAUUAAAAAAUUCAUUCUUGUGGCGACGUGAUUUUUCAAAGUCUUGUGAACGUGAUCCAACCACCAUGAUUGCCUUGAGGAAAGCAGUAUUGUAAACAGUGGUGUUGGUUCAAAAUAGUGGAUCCCUCUUUUUACAUAUUCCCUGUUUUUUGUAUGUGAGAGAGCGCAACUUGAUGGGCGUAGUGCUGGGAAUCUCAAUCUGUAGGAAUGAUAUUUUUCUGUGUUCUCAGUGAGGCUUGCAAUGGGGAUGUCGUAAACCAUGUGGAGAAUGUUUUUGAAAAUGCAUUUUGUCUGAAAUUAAACAUUUCUAUUCAUACAUCGCAAAUAUUUAUUUUAACUUAAAUAAGUAUUUCCUAUGAUAUGGAGAAAUAUUCAUAAGAUUAUUUUCAAGUUGAAACCCCUCAUUUCUGACCCUCACUGAUCAACAUAAAAGGCUACACUAUGGACAUAUGAGUAUUUCAGUUGUCAUGGCAACUUCAUGAAGCUAUUCUAAUGUUGAGAUUUCACAGAUUUGAGUUUUAUGCAGAAUAUUGCAAAUGAAAUGUGAAAUUGUUAUUUCUGAACACUCUUUGAGCUGGGUUGUUGUGUCAACGCCUUUUACGGACAAACGGAUUCAUCCGUUCGUCAGACAUCAUGUUGUUACAGGAUACGUUUCAUGUGCUUAGCGUGUAUUUUGUGAAAAUAUUUCAAACAUUUCUGAAGAUAUUGGCAGGAAAUACAUUUCACAAUUAAAUCAACAUUUGUCAUUUAACCCAUCGUUUCAUGCAAAUGUUUUUGGCUUAGCUUUUAGACUGAGAAUAGGCCAUUUUUACUGUUGCUAAAGAAUUUUUUCUGAGGUACCUAACAAUUAAAUAAAAUAUUAUUUUUGCAUCAAGUGCCUAAAAUAAUGCCAAAUGAAGAGUUUGGACUUGUUAAGACCCUCAAACUGAUGUGGUAUCUGUUGAUGUGCCUGACACUGCCAAAUAUCUUCAAAAUGUGACCGUUUUGCACAAUCUGUCCUGCUCUGCUCUGCUCUGCUGUGCUGGUAGAUUUGGUUUAAGUGCUAUUUGUGAUAAUUCUAUUGGGGGCUGUGUCAAAAGCAUUUUUUCAUUUUUGACACAGAUCCUCCAAGUCUUGUGCUAUUCAAUGUUUAGUAUUCUUUUAAAAUAUAUAUAUCUAUAUCUAUACCACCAUGAGCUUGGGAUGAGACAGUAUCCAGAAUGACUUUAUCUGUGGCCAUUUAUUAGUGCUUUAAUGAUCACUUAAUUUCUUGUUAAUUAUUGAAUUAUUUUGUUUUUAUUGGAUAAAAAGUAAAUAAUUUGAAUGUGUAGGUAUUUAUUUGAAAGGUAAAAAGACGGUGUUUCCAAUGACAAUUAAAAAAGGUCUUGUAUUUUUUAUAAAUUGUGAAAGUGAAAUGACAGUGUAACUAUUUAAAUUGAAGCUGGUCAGACACCAGAAGCAGAUCCGUAGGACUGACAUUGAGGUCAAGAAACAUACAGGGACACCAACCAUACAGACCACUGAUCCCUAAACAUUGAAAAAUAUUUUGUUUAAAAAAUAAGUGUAAUAUUGAUUAUCUAUAAUUAUUACUUUCAGACCAUAUGGAAGAGUUUUAAAAAAAUAAAUUGGUAUAAAUUGAAUUUUACGCUCAGAAAUACGUUUGCCAUCAUCAAAAGAUGAUGAUGUCAGAUAAAUUGACACGACGAAAAGAAAAUUGUUCCUAUGACUGUCCAAUUAUUUGAGAGUAUUUGUAGAAUUUGAAUUUUGUUGUUUCAUCUGUGGAUUGUCUCACGUGCUGAAGUAAGCAGGUAUAUAUAACAGAAAGGUAUUAAUGAUGGUGCCAUGUAUGUCCUGGUUGUUGUGUUUGAUUAUCAAUGAACUGUUUGUUAAUAGUGACUCAGAAAUGGCAAGAAUUUUACCUCAUACUACUUCCAUCAAAUCGUAACAUCAGUUAUCUCCCUUAGUUGCAACAGCAGUUAUCCCCCUUAGUUGGUCUGUGUUUGUUGUUGACAAUGUUCAUGUCCUUCUCAAUAUGCUGUAGAUAAUUUGAUACCUUGAUGAUGUGGCAUAUUUUGAUUGGUUGAUGAUGAGAUCAUGACCUGUAAGUUUGUGUCCUUCCUUAUUUGGACACAAGACACAACGGAAUGGACUGCACUCCCCACACACUCUUGGCAUGGACAGGUAAAUGGCCUUUCAGGGGUAUUAUAGAUAAUGUGAUCUGAAUGUCAGAGAUUAAUCUAAUCAGUUCAAUUUGACAAUGAAUGAAAGAUAGUUCUGAGUUUCUUGGCAUAUUUCCAGAUAUUGAGAAAUAUUUUACAGAGGUGUUGAGGCCAGAUUGACCUUCAAAUAGUGGUCAAAUAGUGGUCAAAUAGUGGACUAAUAGUAACAGCAAAUCAAGAAACUUCUAGUUUAAUACUACCCCAUAUGUAUGGAACAAGCUGUCACUCUAAGAAACGAUUAAUUAAUUUGUCAUGGUAACAAGGACCCUUCUAGAAGGCUUGUGGGUGCAUUAUUAUUGUUGUACACAAAAUAUUCACAAAAAUAUCAAUUAUGAUAUGUAGUAUAUUACAAACCGCAGGACUGAAGUGGUAGUCAGUCAUUUACAAUGAUGUUGAGAAUACCAUUUUUUUUCUGAUAUUGUUUUCCUAACUACUAGUUGGCAAUAGUUAAAGUUGUAAGAGUCCUCUGUGCAAUUGAAUGAGGUGUUGUAGUGUUGCUAAGGCUAUGGAUUUAUAAUGUAAUCCUAACAUCACAGCAAAAGUGGAUGUUUAGGCAAGCCUUAUUGUAUGAGGUGAUUUAUACACAUUCAGAUUUCAUUUAUAAUAUAUAUGAUAUGUUAUAGAAUCACAAUUUUGAUGUGGAAAUAAUUAUAUGGAAAAUAUCUGAAGCUCCAUGAAGUGAUGAGGUGCAAUCACCAUGGAAGAGAGAUGAAGAAUCAUGUUUAAUUAGAUAACCAUCCAAGGUGAUGAAAAAACUGACAAAACAAAAGCUAUAUAUACCAUAAAGUAGUAUGUUAUGAUAUAUAGAUUGUUUUUUUUCAAAUGUUUGUGUCCAGUACAAAUGAGACGUGUUAUACGCCCAACAGGGGUUUGCCUGCUCCGAAUCUGCUUCCGUUACUCUGCAUUUUAUCUUGGAUAAGGUAUGUGUGUAUUCUCUCCGCAUACUACCAAUGACAGAAGAUGUUUUCAAAUGUUUAAUAUCUGCUGUGUGUGUUCCCAUUGACUUGAUACUGGGAUCGACCUGGGGCCAGUUUUAAGAAUCUUUUAAAGUCCUUUUAAGUUGAUUGUUAUUAUACAUUUGUCCCAGUUAAAAUUGAUUUAGUUUAUUUUUAAAUCGAGUGCUGAAGUGCUUUUAGACUACACCGAUAAAUGUUGAUAGGAAAUAGAUGCAUCCAGAAUUGACAUUGUAUACAAACUGAAGAUAUUUAGCAUUUAAAAGGGUUGUGCAAACUGAGAUGAAAAAUAAGAGUUGUAUUGCUAAGUAGGUAGGUCCAGCUUUUUGAGGAUGUGAGUCCCCCUUUAAGACUUAAAAACACAGCAUGGUGUGUUAUAUGAAGAGUAAGAUUAGAUUGUUACUUACUGGGAGACAGAUGUACCGUUAUAAAUGUAUAGGAUGGGCGGGGCAGCUGUGACAUGAACAGUAUGGUAAACUGGUUAUUAGGCAGGCCAUGCCUAAGUUAGAGAUUGGGGGGCUACUUUAAACAAAAAUUCAGCAAGAGUAGGGCUGCUGUGAGUGUUAAAGAGUAUGGAUAACUGAAGUUAAAAGCAGGCAAAGCCUUAAGAAGUAGGAGGCCUACUUGGUGUUUGUGUAGCCAGAGCAUGGCUACUGUGAGUGAGGAAGAGUAUGGAUAAUUGAGGUGAGGUUGGGACAGUCCAUGUGUACAGAGGGGACGCAUGUGUGUGAUUAGUUCAAGUCAAUGGAAUACUACCUACCAGCCUGUAUCUGUCUGUACAGAUGUCAUGUGGUUAUAACACAUGGUUAUAACAUGUGGUUAUAACACGUGAUGAUAACCUGUGGAAGCCUUGGGACUCCAUAUGUUCAACAGUCCAGGGCAAAUUCUGCUAGCUUAGAUGACCUUCACCUUCACAAUGAAGGUCAAGGCAGGUGUGUACAGAGACUGGUACAAUGUUGUUGAAUAAAAUUCAUAUUGUUUUUUU